AUGACCGAUUCUACCCCCGUUAGCGAGCCUACCGUCAGGCCUACCAAGCCGGAUGAGGAGGCAUACAAGGCCGAUCUUGCCAAUGCUGAGAAGGAACACACUGCCGUUCAGGAGAAGCUGAACCAGGUGAAGGCCAAGAUCGAAAGUGCUCGCCCUAACAACCAAGACUCGCCUGCGGCGAAGAGGCAGCAGGAGCUGCGGGCUGAGCUCUCCGCGAUCCGUCAGAAGCAGUCUGGCUUCAAGUCCUCCAGAACGAGCACGCAAGAAAAGCUUAAUGCCCUCGAUGCGACCCUCAAGGCCCGGAUCGCCGAGCAGAACAACUCGCGCACCCGGAUGAGCUUCAAGAACGUGGAGGAGGUCGACCGCGAGAUCGCUCGCCUCGAAAAGAGUGUGGAUUCGGGAACUCUCCGCCUGGUGGACGAGCGCAAGGCGCUGGCUGAUAUCUCCAGCCUGCGCAAGCAGCGCAAGAACUUCGCUGGCUUGGACGAGGCCCAGAAGGUCAUCAACGAUCUCAAGGCUCAGAUCGCUGACCUGAAGAAGUCUCUCGACAACCCAGAAGCAAAGGCCCUGAGCGACAAGUACACCGAGAUCCAGAAGGAGCUUGACAGCAUCAAGGCCGAACAGGACAGUGCUUUCAAGAGCCUCAAUGCCCUGCGUGAUGAGCGUACCAAGCUUCAUGCCGAGCAACAGAAGAAGUGGUCCGCGAUCCGUGAGGUGAAGGACAACUACUACAAGGCUCGUAAGGCUUACAAGGAGUACGAGGAUAAGGCAUGGAAGAUCCGUCGUGAACGUCAGAAGGCUCAGCGCGAUGCUUUUGAGCGUGAGAAGAGGAAGAAGGUCGCUGACAAGAAGCUCGAAGAGGCCUCUCAAUUGGCCUAUACCGACGAGAUCCUCACUGCACAGGGUCUCAUUCGUCAUUUCGAGCCCACCUAUGACUUCGCCGCUCUGGGUCUUGAUGACAAGAAGAGCGAGUCUGGCGCCUUCCGUGCCGAAAUCGGCCGUACCGUUGACGACUCGAACAUGAAGGGUCUCCGGAUCCUUAAGAAAGAGGACCGCGAGGAGGACUACUUCGCGGGCACCGGUGGCAAGAAGGGAAAGAAGGGCAAGAAGAACGCCGCCGCCGGCGCUGCUGCUCCCGCCGAGAGUGCCAAGUUCAAUCUGAGCUUUGGUGUCAUCGAAGACUUCGCCAAGGUCAAGGUUGACCCUCCGAUGAACCAGUCCAACGUUCCUGCGGUCAUUGAGAAGCUGGCUGCUAAAAUUACCGAGUGGAAGUCUAACCAGGCCUCCAAGACCGAAGAGAACAUCAAGAAGGCUAAGGAAGAAAUCGCUCGCCUGGAAGCCGAGGAGACUGCCGCCGCUGAGAAGACCGAGUCCGAAGAACAGAACGGUGUCAAUGGCGACGCCGAUGCCAAGGAGACUGAUGCCGUUGCUGCUACCUCCGAGGAGCUGCAGAAGGCCUCUCUGGAGGAGAAGGCAUGA